AUGCAAAUGCAGCCAAUCCCUUCCCGAGAUUUUUCUGAUCCACUUGAUAAGAUACUUACCCGUCUCUUCUUUCAUAACGUAGACUUACAAAAAUUCAAAGAGUUUUGUUCACAUUUCUUUCCAAAGCUAUUCUUCAUCUUCUUCUUCUUACAAACAAAGUAAGUAAUGGAUGCUAUUCAGAAAGAAACACUUUUGUCACUCUCAAAUUCUGUGAAACUUUUGUUAGAAAAGAUUGAUUCUAAGCUCGUCGACAACAUCAAGAUGAUGAAUCUUGACGUUUCACUCCUGGAAAAGGUGCAGCAAACACUGGUGGAUCUUGAAGGUGUACUUUAUCAUGCUAGCAACAAACUCAUCCCCUGUCAAGCUAACAACAAAUCGCUCAAUUUCUUGAGACGUCUUGUUUUUGAAGUUGCCUAUUUGCUUGACGAAAGCCACUUUUUACGGUAUCCCGCAAUUACUGCUAAACUGCUCGAAAUUCAUUCUCGUUUGCCUUUUCUCAUUGAAGUGAUUAAAUCUAAUUCUCAACAUUUAAUUCAAAUAUUAGAAGGCUUAAGUUCAGGAGAACAACUUGGUGAAGAUGAAUCUUCUAUUUAUGGAAGAGACGCUGAUAUUCAGAAACUUAUACAUCUUUUGUUUUCUAGUAAAAUCAGAGUGAUUUCUAUUGUUGGUAUGGGAGGGAUUGGUAAAACAGCCCUUGCUAAACACCUUUUCAAUCUUCCUCUAGUUAAGGCCAAAUUUCAGUUAAAACGAUGGGCAGAUUUCUCAGAAGGUGUUGACGAUGUCAGCCUUUAUGAAUCCAUUCUUAGAUCUAUUACUUCAAAAACAACCAUUAAUGGCGUUUACCCAAUCUUUUUGCUAGUAUUGGAUGGUGUGUGGGAUGAAAGAUCUGUCAAUUGGACAUCACUGAUGAAUAUCUUGAAUGCUGGGGAAACACAGAGUAGAAUCAUUGUCACUACACGAGAUGAAAGAGUUGCAAUAUCCAUGAAAACCUUUCUUUCUCUCCACUAUCUCAGACCCUUGGAAGUUCAAGAUUGCUGGUCUUUACUUGUCGAACACGCAUUUGGAGGACAUGGCUACCAUCGGCUAUCCUAUCUGGACGACAUUGUCACAUUUAGAAAAGAAAUGCGAGAAAAAAUUGCAAAAAAGUGUGAUGGAUUACCGCUAGCUGCUGUAGAACAUGGGAUUGUGGUACUACUUUUUCGGAUCCCCGAAAUCAAAGUACUGUACUAGAACACUUGCAACCCUCAACAAAUUUGAAAAGUCUCACCAUCAAAGGCUAUGGUGGAGUCGGCAUUCCAAAUUGGUUGGGUGAUUCUUUAUAUGAUAGUAUGGUGUAUUUAAGGAUCUCGAAUUGUGAUAACUGUAUUUGGCUUCCACCCCUUGGACAAUUGGGUAAUUUGAAAGAACUCAAUAUUGAUUCGAUGCUUUCAAUAAAAAGUGUUGGUAUAGAGUUCUAUGGAAGUGAUGGUUCUGCUUCAUUUCAACCAUUUCCCUCCUUGGAGACUCUACACUUUGAGGAUAUGCCUGAGUGGGAGGAAUGGAAUGUGAUUGGAGGCCCGACGACUAUGAAUUUUCCUAGUCUCAAACAUUUGUUGCUAAGUAAAUGUCCUAAACUGCAGGGAAAUAUACCUUACAAACUUCCUUCCUUAACUGAACUUGAGUUAAAAGGAUGUCCUUUACUGGUGGAAUCAAGACAUUCAGAUGAUAAUAACAAUAUCAUAAUUAUAGCUCCAAUUUCAGAUGUAUUCAACAGAUUGAUGCUCCCUCUCAAUUCUCUUCAUCAGUUGACCAUAGACGACUUUCCAUGUCUAACGUCUUUCCCAACAGCCGGCCUACCAAGAACCUUGAAAUUUCUCUUAAUUAGUAAUUGUGAGAAUCUAGAGUUUCUACCUCAUGAGUGCUUGCACAAUUACACAUCGCUCGAGGAAUUGAAAAUAUCUUAUAGUUGUAAUUCAAUGAUAUCAUUUAGCUUGGGUGUUUUCCCUGUCCUCAAGAGUCUGUUUAUCGAGGGUUGUAUAAAUCUAAAAUCGAUAUUAAUUGCAGAAGAUGUGUCACAAAAGAGUCUGUCAUUUCUUAGAAGUAUCAAAAUAUGGGAUUGUAAUGAACUUGAGGUAUUUCCCCCUGGUGGAUUGACCACUCCAAACCUCGUUUAUUUUGCACUGUGGAAGUGUGAGAAGCUUCCUUCACUACCAAAAGCAAUGAACACUCUAACCUACCUUCAAGAAAUGGAAAUUGAUAAUCUACCAAAUCUUCAAUCUUUUUCCAUAAAUGAUUUACCUAGCGGCUUACAAGAACUGACUAUUGGUUCUGUAGGAGGGAUUAUGCGGAUUACUGGGCCAACUUGGAAAUAUCUCACCUGUCUUUUAGUGUUGCGGGUUAACAGCGAUGAUUUGGUGAACAUGAUGAUGGGGCCUUUUCUACCCGCAUCGCUUUUGACUCUAUGCAUCUAUGAUUUUAAUGAUGCAGUCAUUGGCGGGAAGUGUUUUCAACAUCUAAACUCUCUCCAAAAACUUGAAAUUGUUAAUGCUCCCAAACUCAAGUCAUUGCCAAAAGAGGGAUUGCCUUCCUCUCUGUAUGUACUGAGCAUCACUCGUUGUCCUCUACUGGAAGCAAGAUUGCAGAAGAAGCGAGGGAAAGAAUGGCGUAAGAUUGCUCGCAUUCCCUUCAUAAUCAUCAAUGACAAAAUGAUCACAUGAGUUUCCUGUCCUGUCUGUCUGGAAUUAUGUUCUGUGCCCAAUCUUGCUGCUGCAAGAAACCAAAUUCGUACUCACACAACCUGCACAGAAGUCCAGUAAAUGUUUAACUAAUCAUGAACAUACGAAAAGGAGAAACAACAACUGACUGGAAAUAUGUCAGGUACUCUUUUUGUAUAUAUGACUUCAUAUAUAUCUUAAUGAAUUGGUUUUGAUGCAUUGAGUAUAUCUUGUGAUAGACUAUUUCAAUUCAAAAUGAACUAUAGACCUUUCCGAAUCCAUUAUCUUCCUUGAUAUUUCAUCUUUGGGGCCCCCCUCAUGGCAUCGCUGAAAGUAAGUGGGAAGAUUAGUUUUCAGUCCAAACAGGAUUUCUUAUGCCACUUGUUCAAUUUCUGAAACAUAAGUGUAAUAAAAUAAUGUUAAUCUACAAAAACCAUUUGGAGUUUGAUUAACCUGUCUCAAUUAAGCGAUCGACUUUAACAGAACAACAUGAGAUUAUAUAUUAUAAAUAGAUUAAUAGAUGUUACAAUGGCAGAUUCAGAAAAGGAGUUUUAAAUAUGUCUUCUGUUUUCUGAAAAUAUGUGUGAUUUUGGCAUGUCUUAUAUGGUUGUUGUUUUUAACAUGUUUUCUUACAGUUCUGAAGUAGAUAAAUUCGUAGAUUCAUGCACGGCUUGUGGUGUGACUUCAAAAGGAUUUUGCAAAAAUUGGUUGUAUCAAGCAUUACAGUCAAAAUCGAGUGUUGGGUCAUAGGAUCAUACAAUCCUAUUUGUCACGGCUGCUGGAGCAUGCUGCAAUCGGUAUUAGAGUUUGACCUAACUCACCUUACAAAACCGGUUGGUAAGGUGAGAAGUGUCGCUCUAUAUAUAUUCUUUGAAAGCUCUAUCUCUAGCCAAUGUGGGACUUUAGGAUCUUCCUAAUACACCCCCUCACGCCCAGCACUCUUUUGGGCUUGGUGCGUGGAUAUUAAUGGUGGGCGGCCCAUGGUCCGAUCGAUAGGCUCUGAUACCAUGUUAAGAAGUGUGGUUAGGCCUAACUCACACUUCUUAACAUGGUAUCAGAGCCUUGGUUUAAGAUCCAGUGGGCCACCUUCUAUGGUUUCCGCUAUCGGGCCACCCACCAUUUAUUUCCACGCUCCAGUUGUCUAGUCCUGGGCGUGAGGGGGUGUGUUAAGAGUCCCACAUCGGACAAUAUAUGGCCUGAACAUGUCCUUAUAAAGUGGGGGCAAUCCUCACCCUACAAGCCGGUUUUAUAGGGCUGAGUUAGGCCUAACCACACUCCUUAACAAUCGGAACAAGAUCGUUUUUUAUUGUCGGUGUGGUCAGGAUCGAGAUCUCUUAGGAGGAAUGAAACUUAGCAGGAUACUAUCAAGUGUUUGUAUUUGCUCGCUGGAGGUAGAAUGUCGUCAAAUGCUUUUCUCCUCCAAUCCAAUGAUGUCUGGGGAAUAUGCAGGCCUUCGUUGAGAGGUCCUUGACAAAAUCAAUGGCACAUUCGUCCUAUAUUUUAGAAAAGUAGCUUCCAGACCAUGAGGAGUAGAGAGCCAUGCAGGCAAGAGUUCAAUUGAGCAUAGCAACACGAUACCCAGUUCUGUUGCAGACAUUACAGCAGAAUCAUCUUUUCAUUGAUUUCAAAAACACACUCAAAGUUUGAACCAUUCUAUUGACCUAUAAAGAGGACAUGAGUUUAAUUAGUAAUAAUGUCAUUGCUAAGUGGUUCAAAAUCAAGAUGAAGGAGUUUUACAAUAUUUACACUGUAAUAGGUUAUUAGACUGUUAUAUAAUUUUCACUUCUUUUUGGCCAUUACUGAGUUGGCUAUUUCUUGUUAUAUAAUUUCUCCGUUCGGUCAAAAAAAAAGAAAAGAAUAUUCAAUAUUCUCUCCGUUCGGUCAAAAAAAAAAGAAAAGAAUAUUCAAUAUUCUCUCCAUUGUAAUGUUUCAUGUCCUAUAUUAUGAUUAAGAGUCUAAUAGAUGAAUCAUCCAUCAUUUUAAGAAAUGCAAUCUUGUCUCUUAAAAUUCUAAAUCUCUCCACACAGUGUCUAUAUCUUGCACCAAAUUCUAUUCUAGGUUAUUUGAAUUCCUACUUUGAAGUAGUGCUGAACACUUGCUUAACUACUGUCCGAAGUGAGCUGUUCUAGCACAUGUGCUGAUGAUAAAAAUCUGAUAGUUGCUUGCAGGCAUGACAAAACUAUAAGGUUUGUAUAAGAAUUCAAAGAUCCUAGUAAAUCUGAAGAUGUCCUUGACAAAAUUGGAGUUGAAGGUUACAUUUUUGGCUUUGUUGCGUUAGGCGUCCUACUAAUUAUCGUUAAGGUGCGUUGGGAUGAUAAAGUUGAAUCCACCAGAAGGGGUCUGGUUCAUUGGAGAGUGCAAAUGAGUUUGAUUACACUUUUCAUUGCUUUUUAUAAGAAGCUGGUCAACAAAGAAAGUGCUCUUGUCCUUAAAGUUCUUUCUGCACAACAACUCUAACUUCAAUAUGUUCUAAUACAUUCUUACCAGUAUUUCAACAAGGAAUUAAUUCUUUCAAGAGGAGCUUGAUCUGUUUCGUUAUUCAUCGGCAGUGGUUAUUGAAUUAUUGAAAGAAGCAACCAUGGGUUUAGUGUUGUUUUUGUUAACUUCUAAAUAGCAAUGUAGUGAUUAUUAGUAGGAUCAGACAUGAAUUGACUCAACCACUAAAUAGCAAAGGCAGUACAUGGUCUAAUAAGGUGAGAUAAAGUAAUAUACCUACAAGAAGACAAUAAGAAUCUAUAUUUUCAAGAAUUGGACUAUCAUCUAGAUGGAGCUUGAUGAAAGGAUCCAAUGUAGUGCUUGUCGGUUUACAAUUAUCCAUGCUAGAGUCAGAAAUCAAAGCCAAGUGAUACGAAGCUUCAGUGUGAAAAGAUAGCAAUUUUACAAACUAGAGUCUGUUAUUCUGAGAUAGUUCAGGUUCGUUGAGAUCACUGUUGGACAAAUCUACCUCUCCAGCUGAAAAAUACAAACCUAGCAUAAACGGAAUAGAGACACUGUCAAGCCUUGUGGUUUUCAUUUAUAAGAGAACAAAGCAUUAACAAUGGAGAUAAUCAAUGUUUUCUAAGGGACUACAAUGACUAAAACUCA